CGCGCGGAGUGGCCCAAAAAAACCAACAAGCGAUUUCCGAGCAGCAAUCACAUCGAAAUGGGUGCCACAGCCUCGUGCAAGAAAACCUCCGGCAGUGGCUAUCCGGAGCACGAUGAUCCCAGCUACCGCAAGUGCCAGGAGCUCAAGAUGGAGCGCUGGAUACAGAUGCACUACCAGAUCAAGCAGCGGGAACAGGCACUGGCCAUCGCCCAUCACCGGGAGCUCUUCUACUGGCUGAGCGGCUUCUAUCUGAGUGCUGUCUACGGCUGCGCCAGUUACUACCAGCGGGUGAGGAGUGUAUCCGCGCUGGCUCCGCUCCUGCCGCUCACCUUCGUGGUGGGCUACUAUUCCGACUGGGCCUACGGCAGCAAGAUGCAUCGCAUCCAAGCGGAGGCCAACAUGAUCAUGGAGCACGAGCAGGAGCUGCUCCACUGGCCAGGUGGACUGCCCACCGUCGCCGGCAUCGAUGAGGCACGCGUGGAGACCGAAAUGGAGAAGAAAAUGCAUCCGCACCACAUGUAGAGGCAAGAGGAUGUCCCUCUCCCCGUUAGUCUGUUGUAGGUGGGAUUGGGUUCUCGUGCUCAGGUCCUCGUUCAAAAAUGCACACACAUACACACGCUCCACAAUCAAUACUAAGAGUGUGCGAAAUUUGUAAUAUCCCUCUAGCUAGAAUUGUAUAUUUUUUGUUGGCACAAACACAGUGCUGAAUGCUCAACUGUGGGGACCAUUCAAUUACACGCAACAACACUCACCAGCAUUCAAAUUGCGUUUCACAGCUCUUUCAUCACCAUUGCAUUUGGCAAGUUCUUACAACGAAUAUAUAUAUGCAUGUAAUGCUAUGCAUCUAUAUCCAAUUUAUGCUAAAAUGUUCAGCAUUUUUAAAUUGAAAGGCUGCCUGAAAAUUGAUUCAAAACUAAUAGAAAUAAUUGUGACUAGCAAAAAAGCAUCAUCAUAUCAUAUGGUUCCAAAGGAGCAAUACCUUCACCAAGUUUAACAAUUCACCAAAAAAAUGGUUUUUGCUGCACAGAACCCCAAGCCAGCCUACAGCG